ACAAGGUUUGAGCAUCGGUGCCCUAUGACCGAGGGGCGUGCGCGCACGCUCAGGAGGGGAGGGGCAUCGCGAAGUAUGGCCAGACGUCGGAGGCGAGGUUAGCUAUGGGCUCGAGGCGCGGCCCGACUCCGGCGGCCCUUGUCGGCAUCCCCAUACAGGCAGAAACAACAACAGCAGUAGCCGCAGAGGCGUAGGCGCAGAUCCGCCUCGCCCGGCCGACUAUAAUAAAUACAGGUCGGGAGCCAACCCCGCCCCCUUCAAGAUGGAGGAUCCUUGCUCCAGGUGUUCGCAGGAGCAGACGCUGGAGCGGGCACAGACACCGCCUCCAGAUCAACCUGGCCAUCAGUUGAUCCGCUUGAUUCCCCGGGUCCCCAGGACGCAGCAGAUGCCGGGCUCCCCAAACAACGUCAGCUUCCCGGAGAUGUCGGAGCUCUUGAACCGCCCCCCCAAAGUUCCGAGCCCGCCAUCCUCCCGGCAGGAAGGGCAGCUCUCCGACCGCGACGAUGACGGGGCCGAGUUCGAUUUCAACGUGGUGGCGCGCCUGUCGCAGUGGGCGGACGAAAACCUGUGCCUUAUUCGGGUACCCGCGAGGGCGGGACGGAGGGCGGGGCCCUCACUGGACACGAGGUUGAGAGCCUCAGCCAGAACAUCAGCACCGGAAUGGCGGUGGUGGGUCUCAUCUUACUCGCGAAAAGUAUUAAGCUGUUCUUCAGAUAUUCCAGAGGAAUUUAUAAAAAAUAACGUGAAAUUACAAGGACGAUUACGCCGGAUCACUGAAAAUGGACUGAAGGUGGAACAUACUCCCAUUACCGUCCCUCUGAUUUCAAGAUGGAGAAAGCAGCCAUAUGGGGUUUUGCUGGUAAAGAUAGCUGGAGUGGAGCUCACUGAGGCUGGUUGGGGGUGGCUGCAAAAGGAAUUAAAACCUUCUCAAAAACUGUGGUUCCAGCUGCUGGCGAAGGAGAAUUCAGCCCUUCUUUGCCUCCUUUUAGUGGAGAAAGGCAGAUUUUUUAAUGUGUGUUUGAACGAAGAGAUUUUGAGAAGAGGGCUCGGCCGAACUGUUCUCAUCAAGGAGCUAGACCAUGAAUCUAAAAUAUUCUGGACAGUUCACAAAAAUCUCCUAAAAGCUGAGCUGAAAGCUAUGAAAAAAGGAGAAGGACUUUGGAAAGAACAAUCUGAGAUAGUGACAUAUGUAAAGAAAUUUAAAGGUUCAUGGAGAGAAAUAUGGUGUGAAGACGGACAGUCUGUUAAGAAAGGUGUAAGCUUGGAUACAGUACUCAAGACAUCAACUUAUUAUCAAAUGUUAAAGCGUCGUUAUGAAAAAUACAAAGAAAAUGACUGACUCAACAAUUUGGAUUCCUGACCGAUUCAUCCAAGCAGCAAAAGCAUCCCUGCCCCCCUCCACCCCCCAGUAGUGCUUCUUCAUCCUCUACAACUCCGCCGCCUCCCGAUCCUGUUGACAACUCGACCGAUCCGGUGGACCGACUCUCUUCAUUCUCACGCCCUGCCCCGAUCCGUCAGCGACGCCUGGCUGCCUCAACUUGUACUCCUGGCCCCGACGUGGGGGCAGCUGAAAGGUCUCUCCCAGCAAGCUGGUGAUGUAGUAAGUCGCCAGAACACAGAGCCGAGCCCAGAUGGGGGUUUUGUGGCUGGGCCCGUCAGGUAAUGUCAGUUUCCGCCACUGCUCAGGGGGCUUAUUUCCCUGCACCUCCCAGAGAUGUUCAGGUGUACCCCAAUGAUUCUGAUUUCUUUGGUGGUCUACAAAUACCUACAUGUUGCGUAAGUCCUUCUUUACCUCGACUUGCUCUGGUUUGUCCCACCUGCCGCCUUUAUGUUGCACCAUCGGCCCUCUUCCCACUCCAGGCUGCUUGUUGGCAGAUGUUCAUUCAUGCCUUGCUGACUCCCCUGGAAAGGACGGUACAAAACUUGGGCAAUUACUUCGUAUGUUAUCCCCUCCUUAUUCCCUGAAUACAUUCCUGAAUGUAAACACAUCUCUGAUAAACUUGGGCGUCAAGUGGAUGAUAGAUAUGGAUUCCCUCCUUUGAGAGAAUGUGGAUUCCCCAAGAAGGGUGUCCACUCUCCCAUUAUUGAUGGUUCAUUUUUUGUUUGUGACUGGUCGGUUUUUAGUCCAGAUUAUAACUUGAGAGGAUUUCAAAAACUUGCAACUGGCAUUUCCAAUUUUAAUUGGACUAAAAUUCAUCAGAUUUUCCCCACUGAGACAAUUUCUCACUGGUAUGAGCCUGGUUGGCUUUCACCCUCUUUGAUCUUUUUUGAAAAUCUCUCAUCUCCCAUUACUCACUUUUCUUUAUGGAAACUCAUUGCCUCUCUCCACCCUUCUGUAUUACUGCUCCCCAGUGGCAAGAAAGAUUUCAGACCCAUUCAAGCUUGUGUUAGGUCCCCUUAUGCCUAGCUUAUCCAAAUAAACAAGGGCUUUUCUUCCUUACAACGUACUUCCCCCAUGACUUUUAGAAUUUCUUGUUCAGGAUAUAUCUUGACAAAUUAUCUUAAUCCCUCCAUUUCUGCUACCAGUCAAACAACCACCCUUUAUUAUGUUUCCCGUUAAUAUGACUACUGACUGGUAUGAUGAUCCAGGCAUUUAUGCUCUACAAUUAAUUUCCCAUAAUUUAAGUUGCCCUAAGUGCUUCAUUGCAUCCCUUAUCCUGGGUAUCACCGCACUUCGACGACUGCUCCUGUCCAGGAAGUCUACACUGCACGACAUAUAGAUAAUCUUUCAAAAAAUGUCUCCCUUGCUCUUUUAACCCAGGAACACAUAGACAAAGGGUUAGAAGCUUGUAUAAAUGUCCUGGAAGAAGCCAUUCUUUAUGUUGGAAAUCAGUUACAAAAUACCAAAGUAAGAUUCAAAUCAAAAUAUCAUGCUGACUUUAAGUGGAUCUGUGUUUCUCCCCUCCCUUACAAUCAAUCAGAUGUUCCUUGGGAGAACACACAACAACACAUUUUUGGUAUUUGGAACCAUUCCGAGUUUUCUGUUGAUCUUAAAACAUUAUAUAAAUAAAUUAUGGAUAUUAGUCAUUACAGCUCUUCCCUCUGUUCAGCCUCAUCCAUUGCAAACUCCUUCUAUGAUAAUAUUUCAUCCUUUAUCUCCCACAAUGAUUUUAUUCACACACUUAUUACUUGUGGAUUUGCUCUUGUCUUAUUUUUUCUUAUUUUUUGUUUUCCAGUCAUCAUCCAAUAUCUAGAUUCUACCAUUCAUCAAGUUCAAAUCGAACUGAAGUCACUCUAGCUAAAAAACAGAAAAGGGGAAGAUGCUGGGGGCUGCCUGACAUGGUCGCACGUGGAAACCAGGGUUGCAAAGCGACCCUCCGGAAAGAUGAGACACCCACUCAGCCCCUCCUUUUUUUUCAUGUGACUUUUCCCAUUAACUUUCCUUACUAUUGGAAUUGGUAUGAUUGUUGUUCUCUCCCCAGUUUCAGGAGAAAUAAUAUGAGAGCAAAUACUCGCAGGAUUAAUACAUAUGUCCCAUUUUUAAUCCCCCCAGAAUACCACCCCAAAGUUCCACCCCAAAGAUCUUAUUCACAGAAUUAAAACCUAAAGAAUUUUUUAUGUACCCACUACCCUCCUCUUUUCUUUUAGUUAGCAGAAUCACACUUAGAUUCCCAACAGCCAUUACAAGCCAGGCAUGUCAGGAACAUCACUCACCUUUCAAGCCCAGACUGAUAGGACAUACUUCAUUGAUUUGUUGUGUUUACAAUAGCCAGAGCAACGUCACUAGAUGCUUGAAUGAAACAUAGAAAAAUGUAACUUGGACAUUGGAAAAUACCUAAUUCUGGCUUUUAUUAAAUUUACUCUUUAAUCCUGUACCUAGCAGCAAAUGUUUUUGUUACUUAUAUCUUAAGUAAUUCUGAUUGAUUAUGAAAGCCAAUUAAAAGCAACAAUGAUUCUCUUAGCUGGUCAUCCCACAGGUCAGUGGGAACUGACCCCUGGUUACCCUGCCUGUGUCAUUAAACUAUUUGUUAAAAGCUAAUGUGGGACAUAUCCAAUUAUCUGCAAGAAAUUAUGUAUGUUGAAAAAUGAGACUGUGUACCAAGAAAAAAUGUAAUCACUAGGUAUAAAAAUAAAGAUGACUGUGCCAAGCAAAGGAGCUUCUUGCCAUGCCUGUGCAAUAAGUCUGAAACACCCAA